AUGAAUUUGAAGUGUACGAAGUUCACUGUUGAUAGAUGCACUCCUCGCGACCGUUUCGCUACCCGUUUUGCGAGAGUCGCCCAGAUAUCAUUCCCAACAUCUAUCAGGACAAGCAUCGAUGAUUCAUGCCUUGACCUCCCCGUCACUGCGUUCUAUUCUCCCACCGGAGAGUCCUUCGCUCGCCCUCGAGCGACCUCGGACGCGUUCAGGAGAGCAGAAGCGCAGAUCCCCAGCACUCCUUUCGCACGCCUAUUCCCAGAAUUUCAUUACGACCACCCUGAUCCCCCACGCUCACCGACACCUAUCGAUUCCUUCCACCCACCAAGUCUGCCUGUACUCGAUUUCAAAAACUCUCUCGCUUCAGACCACUCGCAAAGCCCCGCACUAACGCAGGAUGGCUCGAGUCCCAUUUUUACCAUUCCUGUGACCCCAGGGUCAGCGGGACUUGAAGCCUCGCACCCUAUAUGGAUUUUUGACAGCUCGCUACGCGAAGUGGAUUUUGACGUUACCUGUCUUGGCGCACUAGACGAACAGCUUCUGUAUGCUCCAAAGGACUGUUUUUUGGACAUCUGUUGGGCAGAAGCUGUGUACGAUGACGAGGAGGAGCCAGUGCUCCAGCCCUCCCCGGAGGACAAGCCGUGGGUGUGGCAAACAGAGAGGGAAAGCGAUUCGGAAGAAUCGGAACAGAGGGGCCCGGAUCCUAUCAUGACGCAGGUGGAGCGCAAAGUGUCGUUCCUUCCAUCUCCCGAAUCAUACACGGCACAGUCUCCCCAGCGCAUGAUUAUUGCAGAGUCUGAGUCACGUAUGUUGUACCAAAACGCGAAUCACUCGGUACACUUCUUCCCCGUGCCACAGCAACGCGACUCCCGCCGCAAUCAUACGGCACAGGACCCGCCUGAUGCUCCUUCCGGGAAGCUCAAGCUCUUCUCGGGCGCAUAUGGCACUCUUACAGGCCGGCGGCGUACAACAUCCCACUAG